GGCGGCCGGCCCCGCCCCGGCUCUGGGCCGCGAGGCGCGGGCGGGGCGAUGGCGCGCGGGAGGGGCGGGGCCACGCUGCGGGCCCGGGCCAUGGCCGCCGCCGAUGCCGAGCAGGCAGUUCCAGCUAAGGGGGAAGCUAAACAGGACUGCUGCAUGAAAACCGAGCUGCUGAGAGAAGAGAUCCCCAUGGCUGCCGAUGAAGGUUCAGCGGAGAAACAGGCAGGAGAGGCCCACGUGGCUGCAGACGGUGAAACCAAUGGAUCCUGUGCAAAAAGUGAUGACAGCAGUCAUCCAAGUGCAGCGAAGCAUACUCAGGAGGGCACAAAAGUUAGCCCGCAGGAGGGCCUCAAUAAACUACCCCGCAUAGCAGAAAAUGGGAUUUCAGAAAGAGACUCAGAAGUGGGGAAGCAGAACCAUGUCACAGCCGAUGACUUUUUGCAGACUUCUGUUGUUGGCAGCAAUGGCUACUUCCUGACUCAGCCGGCCCUGCAGGGGCAGCCAGUGAGGACUACCAGCACUCUGGCCACCUCGCUUCCUGGCCAUGCUGCAAAGACCCUUCCUGGAGGGGCUGGUAAAGGCAGGACUCCAAGUGCUUUUCCUCAGAUGCCAGCCACAGCGGCAGCCAUGCCCGGGGAAGGGGGCACAGACACAGAAGACAGGAAACCUGUGGCUCCUGGCCCUGAUGUCAAGGUUCACAGGGCACGAAAGACCAUGCCGAAAUCCAUCCCAGGCCUGCUCGCAGCCAGUAAGGACCCCAGAGACGUCCGAGCAGCUAGAGACCCUAAGGAUCCAAAAGAGGAGAUCAACAAAAAUGCUUCUGACUUCGGACGACAGCAGCUUUUACCCCCCUUCCCGUCCCUUCAUCAGUCGCUACCUCAGAACCAGUGCUACAUGGCCACCACCAAGUCACAGACAGCUUGCUUGCCUUUUGUUUUAGCAGCUGCAGUGUCUCGCAAGAAAAAACGAAGAAUGGGAACCUAUAGCCUGGUUCCUAAGAAAAAGACCAAAGUGUUAAAACAGAGGACGGUGAUUGAGAUGUUCAAGAGUCUAACUCAUUCCACUGUGGGUCCCAAGGGAGAGAAGGAGCUGGGGGACAGUGCACUCCACGUGAACGGGGAGAGCCUGGACGUGGACUCCGAGGAGGACGACUCCGAUGAGCUCGAGGAGGAGGAGGAACACGGGGCUGAGCGGGCAGCUGCGUUUCCCACUGAGGACAGUAGGACUUCUAAAGAGAGCACAUCGGAAGCUGACCAUGCCCGAAAGGCGGACGGCGAGUCUGAGGAGGAGCCAGAGUCAGUGGACACGGGGGAGGAAGAGGAAGGCGGAGAUGAGUCUGACUUGAGUUCUGAGUCCAGCAUCAAGAAGAAGUUUCUCAGGAGGAAAGGGAAGACUGACAGCCCCUGGAUCAAGCCAGCGAGGAAGCGGAGGCGGAGAAGCAAGAAAAAGCUGAAUGUGCCAGGUGCAGACGCAUACAAGUCUUCUUCCGGUGGCACAGAGCAGAUGGCGCCCGGGGACAGCGCUGGGUAUGUGGAAGUCUCGCUGGACUCCCUGGAUCUCCGUGUCAAGGGAACUCUGUCCUCACAAGCAGAAGGGCUGGCCAACGGUCCAGAUGCGCUGGAGACAGAUGGCCUCCAGGAAGUACCCCUCUGCAGCUGCAGGAUGGAGACCCCCAAGAGCCGCGAGAUCACCACCCUGGCCAACAGCCAGUGCAUGGCUACCGAAAGUGUGGACCACGAACUGGGCCGCUGCACAAACAGCGUGGUGAAGUACGAGCUGAUGCGCCCGUCCAACAAGGCGCCACUCUUGGUGCUGUGUGAAGACCACCGGGGCCGCAUGGUAAAGCACCAGUGCUGUCCUGGCUGCGGCUACUUCUGCACGGCGGGUAAUUUCAUGGAAUGUCAGCCCGAAAGCAGCAUCUCUCAUCGUUUCCACAAAGACUGUGCCUCUCGCGUCAACAAUGCCAGCUACUGUCCCCACUGCGGGGAGGACACCUCCAAGGCCAAAGAGGUGACAAUAGCCAAGGCAGACACAACCUCCACCGUGACACUGGCCCCUGGGCAAGAGAAGAACUCAGCGGCAGAAGGCAGGGCAGACACCACUACGGGCAGCACUGUGGGACCGCUGCUGUCAGAGGAUGACAAGCCGCAGAGCGCAGCUGCCCCAGCCGCCGAAGGCGUUGACCCCACAGGAGCCGGCGGGCUCGCGAGGCCCACCUCCGGGCUUUGCCAGGGACCCGGGAAGGAAACCCUGGAAAGUGCGCUGAUUGCACUCGACUCGGAAAAACCCAAGAAGCUGCGCUUCCACCCAAAGCAGCUGUACUUCUCCGCCAGGCAAGGGGAGCUGCAGAAAGUGCUCCUCAUGCUGGUUGAUGGAAUCGACCCCAACUUCAAAAUGGAGCACCAGAGUAAGCGGUCCCCACUGCAUGCCGCGGCAGAGGCUGGCCACGUGGACAUCUGCCACAUGCUCGUUCAGGCGGGCGCUAAUAUUGACACCUGCUCGGAAGACCAGAGGACCCCUCUGAUGGAGGCAGCAGAGAACAACCACUUAGAUGCAGUGAAGUACCUCAUCCAGGCAGGGGCCCUCGUGGAGCCAAAGCUGAUUUUCACAAGGGUCUGAAGACUGUCUUGAACAAGUGUUGCUGGGAAGCGCAGUGUCCACAUCCCGAAGAAUGAAGUUGAACCCUUCCUGAACAACAGACAAAAGUAACACAGCAAGAGUCCCAGCGCUGAGCUAUAUGGCUGACAUUGCAACUCCUGGAGGAGGCGUGGAUGAAAGUUUAAUGAUACUGAUGGGAAAAUGGUUUCUUUUUUCUUUCUUUUUAUUUUUUUUAAUUUUAUUAUUUCAUCCAUUUGAGAGGUAGAGUUAUAGAAAGAGAGAUAGAGAGAAAGAUCUUCCAUUAGCUGUGCUUAUAUGGGUUUCCAGUGUUGCAGGUAGAGGCUUAGCCCACUAUGGCACAGCGCCAGCCCCAGCAGCAGUGGUUUCUUGGAUAGGACACCAAAAGCAAAGAGAAUAAAAGAUAAACUUUGGCAGAAUUAGAAACUCUACCACUAGGAUCAAGAACCUGUAAAUCCUGUGUCUGACAAGAGGUGACUAUCCUGAGUAUUUAAAGAAAUCUGAAAAUUCAACAACAGAAGCUGGUGGUCCAAUUAAAAGAUGGGCAAAGUAGAUAUUUCUCCAAAGAAGAUACACAAGUAUGCAGUUUCCAUGUGGAGAUGGUGGUCAUCACUGAUGGUCAUUGGGGAAAUGCAGAGCUUUGGAACUGUAGGAUGGCUGUUCGUUGCUGGUAGAAUAUAACUUGCUGCCAUUGCUGUGGAACACGGGUGACAGUCUCUCCAGCAACUAAACGUUACCCUGUGAUCCAGCAGUCCCACGUCUCGAGUGUGGGCGGAGCAGUUUUUACCCUAGCGCUGUUCACGGUAGCGAGGUGUCCAUGGCAGGUGGAGGUAGAGGAAGUGUGGCCUGUACAUUCCUCACUAGGCUUAUUCAGCUGCAAGGUGCAGUGAGAUUCUGUCACACAUACUGCAGCACACCUUGUCUGAUCCCAUCUGGGUGAGCUCCCAAAAGAAGCAGAGCCAGGGCUGAGAGUGGGGCUGAGGAGCAGGAAUGCUGCUGCCUAGUGGCCACAGAGUUUUGUUUGGGGCCAGAUAGUGAUGGUGGCUGCACAACAUUGCACAUGGAGUUCAUGUCACUGCAUUCUACACGUAAAGUGGUUAAAAUGGCGAAUCAAAUGCCAUAGAUUACUGCAAUAAAAAUAGUUUAAAAUUCUUGUCUUUCACAUUAUUACACCUUUUUUUCAACAAAACAAAAAAUGGCCAUGAUCUUUAAUUUGUCUUCUUUUUCACAUCUAGUUAAAUUUUUAUGAUGUUUCCACAUCAUUAAAUAUUAUUCUGUAUCAUUGCUUCAGGUAGCUAUCUUGGUAUUUCAUGAUAUUAUAUAAUCGCAAAUUUGCAUUUAAUUUAACAUUUACCUAUUUUUCACCUUUAUUGUAAACGUUGCACCCAUAAACAUUUUCAUAGCUACAUGUUUGCAUGAGUCAUUUGCUUGACUCCUUAGGCUGGUUGUGGGUGUAGAAUUGCUGGGACACAGCACGUGGCAUACUCUGACCACUGCUGCAUGAUGUGGUUCAGUGAUAGCAAUCCUGUAAGCUGCUCUCUGGCUUUAGUUGUUUGUUUUUGUUUGUUUGUAUUGUAAUUUGCUCUUGUUGACAUCAAGUCAGUUUGUUUUUUUAAAUUUGAGAGGCAGAGACAGAUUCUGAGGUUCUAGCUGCUGGUUCACUUCCCAAAUGCCCACAGCAGUGCUCGCUGGGCAAAUCUGGGAACUGGGAACUGGGAACUGUCUGAGUCUUCCCUCGUGUGGAGCCCUAGCCAGGACUCAGACUCCCCUCUCUGAAACAAGGUGCAGUUUCUCCAGCAGACCACAUAUGUCCCCAGGCUCAGCAUUUUCUGUAUCUGUUUGCAUAUGUUAUGAAUAUUUUCCAAGUCUUCAUUUGGUUCUUUGUUUUUAUUAGCUUUUGAGAUAUAAAAGCCUUUACUUUUUUAAAUGAAUAAGAGAAACAAAAAAGAGUUACAGAGAGGUGGAAAGCAGAGAUAUUUUCCAUCUACUUGUUCACUCCCCAGAUGGCUACAAUGGUCAACGUUGGCCAGGCCAAAGCCAAGAGCCAGGAACUUCAUUUGGGUCUCCCACAUGGGUUCAGAGGCCCAAGUGCUUGGAACAUUUUCCACUGCUUUUCCCAGGACAUCAGCAGGGAGCUGGAUUUUAAGUGGAGCAGCGGGGACUAGAACUGGCGCCUGUAUGGGAUGCUGGCGUUGAAGCCUUUAACUUUUUACAACAACUGAUUAAGGUGGGUAGGAACACUUUCUGUGGUGGGGAGUGGGGUGAGCUCCAUAUUUACCCAGCACCCUGCUGGCUGGUGCCAAAGCUGAGCACCACUAAAAAGCAAAUCCUGCAGAGGGCUGUCCAGGACCCUCCUGAGGCUGGAAGCUGUGUGGUAUUGUGCUGGUGCUGGUGGAGCAGGUGUCUGAGGCAAAUUCAUGGACAGGCUGGACAGAUUUGAUGAUGCAGAAUCGAGAGCAGUGAAGGCUGCAAACAAGCUGUGGGACCACAUCACACUGACAUCACAGAAGCACACACGAGAGGGCUGGAGAGUGCCUGGUGGCAAGAGUGUGCUGAAGAAAUAAGGAUCAUAAACAACCCAGAUCCGGGGACGAACACUGUCGAGAUCCUAGAAACGGAGCAGGCUGAGCAGGGGAGCGUUAGCGACGCCCCCUCAGAACAGAGAGGAGGAGCUCCCGACAGCAGCCAAGCAGGAGCCGCCCGUGCCGGGGCUCGGGAGGGAGUUUCCACUGUGGUGAACCAGAACCCCAAGAGCGUCCAUCCCACAAACAUCCUUCAGAGAAAGAGGGUGAAUUAAUUCAAACCUGUCGGGUAACGGAGCAGACGGGCCUGUCGGAGGGUUCACACGAGGGAAGUGGCACACACAGAGUUGUUUUCUUUGGCAAGGCUGUGUAAGGCAGAGGUGACGUUAGAGGUGCACAUCUUGAAGAGAAGAUCGGACCCCGCAGCCCAGAGCAGGGCAGUGUGCAAAUGGACGGGUGCUGUAGGAAGGAUUCCCUGCAGGAAAUGCCAGUCGACUGAGAAGUCAGAGAGGUUGGACUCCUGAGAGAGCACCAAGGACACAGAAAUACAGCUUCUCAGGGAAAAAGCUUCGUUCAGGAGGUGGAAUUCAGAAACAGGAUUUGUCCAUUGAGAAUCAAGGAAACGAGGGAAGAUUUACGGACAAAGAGAAAACAGCAGAGUGCCAGCUUUAAAACAGGCUAGCGUGUCCCACUGGGCCCUCAGACUGCACAGCCUGGGAGGAAGGCAGAACCUGUGGCUGCAGCACGCACUUGAGGCAGGGAGCAGAUGUUGGGGCCGGCGUGACGGUUGGUUGCAGGGGGCAGUACUUACAGAAAGAGUGUCCUUGUGAUUGCACUAUAGGGAGGACUUUCUUAAUUAAGACAUAAUAACUCAGGCGCCUUGGAAGUUAGAGUUAAACAGAAACAGAGUCAGAAAAUUUGUUUAAAGGCAUCACAAACACGUGAAAAAGCAGGCUACAAAGUGAGAGGCGGUAUAGCAACAUGCUGGCAAGAGAUUCAUGUCCAAAACUAGAGGAGACUCAUGAAUAAAAUAACCUGCAAGGGUACUGGAUAGCGACAUGGACAUAAGCCAGAAGUUCCUGGAGGAGGGGACCUGCGUGUGAGAAGGCGCCUGGCCUUCCGGACCUGUCGAGACGCCACUUUAUGGCCAGCGCUUUCUGUUCACUCAGCUGAGGACCCUUCCUGACUGUGGUGGGCGGGGUGCGGGCUGUCCUGCCGCAGUUUCCACACACCAGCUGAGGUGCAGCCAUUGUCAGGGUUGGGAGACACCACCGGCAGCCUCACACACACAGAUGAGACGUGUCCACGCAUGGUGCACUGAACAAGUAAGUCCUUCUCUGCUAGCAUUACGUAAACUAGAGCCUUUCCUGUCUGUCAAAAUAAAUGAGCAAGCGCUGUCUGCUCUCCGAGGAGAUGUCAGCAGACGGCGCCCUGUGAUAGGGCCAUUCUGCAGCACACAGCCAUCGUGUGUUUCCCAUGCACAGUGACAGACAGGAGACACAUCUGAUUGACAGAUGAUGGGUUCAGGAUGGUAACUGCCUCUGGGGAAGUGGGGAGACAAAAUGGCGCUGGGGUCUGUGGGGUGUUCCUGGAGGAUGGUAGGAUCGUGACCUCGUGAGGUUUGUGUCUGAAAUUAUCACAGCUGCCUCCCCUGGAUGGACUGGAUGGCGGCCUUUCCCUACCUUCAGCCCGCCCUGCCGCUUCCCUACGAUUUCUGUAGGUUCUCUUUGUCCUCCUUCCGAGAAGGCCAGGCCUCUUCUAGGAUUCUGCUUUCCUGCCUCGUGUUACAGGUCUCAGCACACCUCUGGCCUCAUCCACAAAGGCUCCUCCAGCCGUGUGCCUGUUCCCACCAUCCCGACUGCAGCCUGUCCAGGCAACAGACGACACUUGAAGAUGUUCUUUUUU